GCUUUACGGCUGCCCUGUCUUACGUAUCGGCGAGCAUGGAGGUAGAGGGUUUGGAGCCGGGCGCCGCGGAGCGGGGGCUUCUGGAAGGGAGUGAGCAGAAACUGGAGGCAGAGGAGGAACAGGAGGAAUCUGAAGAGGCGGCUGGUGGCAGCAAGAAACGGGUAGUGCCGGGCAUUGUGUACCUGGGCCACAUCCCGCCCCGCUUUAGGCCUUUACACGUACGGAACCUUCUCAGCGCCUACGGGGAGGUCGGGCGUGUUUUUUUCCAGGCUGAGGACGGGUUCGUGAGGCGCAAGAAGAAGGCAGCAGCUGCCUCCACCGCCGGAGGGAAAAAGCGGUCCAAGUACAGCAAGGACUACACGGAAGGCUGGGUGGAGUUCCGGGACAAGCGAGUAGCCAAGCGUGUGGCGGCCAGUCUUCAUAACACGCCCAUGGGCUCUCGCAGGCGCAGCCCCUUCCGUUAUGACCUGUGGAACCUCAAGUACCUGCACCGUUUUACCUGGUCCCACCUCAGCGAGCAUCUUGCUUUUGAGCGCCAGGUGCGCAGGCAGCGUCUGAGGGCUGAGGUUGCCCAGGCCAAGCGUGAGACUGACUUCUAUCUUCGAAGUGUGGAGCGCGGACAGCGUUUUCUUGCGGCUGAUGGGGACUCUACCCGCCCGAAUGGUUCCUGGGCCUUUGCCCAGCGUCCUACUGAGCAGGAGCUAAGGGCCCGGAAGGCAGCUCGGCCAGGGGGACGUGAACGAGCUCGCCUGGCUAACGCUCAGGACCAGGCCCGCUCCAACCGAGGGCUUCUUGCCAAGAUCUUUGGAGCCCCUACACCCUCAGAGAGCAGGGGGGACUCCUCACCGGUCAGGAACUCUUGAGGGUCAGAGAGGCCCCUUCCACCUCCUAGCCCAGCCCAGCAUCCCGUCUACCUUAUAAUGACUACCCAGGCGGACAUUCUAUUGUGUUUCUCAAACCAGGAGUCUGGUGAGUUCCUCAGAAGUUUUGUAGGCCUCUCGUCUUCCUCCUCCCAGCUCCUGUACAUGCCUGGCUGAGGCACUUAGUUCUUACUAGCAUGAUUAUGCUAGUCUGCUCAUGUCUGUUUUACCUUGUUCAGUUCUUGGCUUCCUGCCUUCUGCCCCCUGGGACCCUUUAAAAGUCCUUCUUUCUGGCCUCAGGAAUGGCCUUUACCUUGAAUUAGAGUGAUAAUGGCUAGUCCAGACAGCUGUUUACCAGCCACAUUAUUGGGCAGCAGCAACAUCCUUUUUAUUUAGAAAAGAUUAAUAGGGACAGGGGUUAAUGGGCUAGAGUGGCUUGGGAGUCACCUUCAAAAUAUAUUUAUAGAAUAGAAAAAGAUAUAUGUAAAUAUAUAUUUUUAAACAUGCCUUUGUAGUUUAUGGCGUGGGGGGUGGAGAUGAUCAUUGGAUAAUUCCAACUUCUGUGUGUUGGACAGAAUUCACCCACCUUUGAUCCAUCUCCUGGACACAGGAUACCUCCCUCUGUUUUAACCUGGAUAGUUUUCCAUCUAAUCAGUUUCUUAGGCCAUGCUGUUAACAAUUACCAAAUUCAACAUUUACCUAUCUAAUCAAUUUCUUAGGCCUUGUUGUUAACACUUAUUUAAUUCAACAUUUACUAAGUCACUAUAUGAGGAUACAUGGCCCUUGGUGUAAGUCUUAUAGACUGCUAAAAAAGACUGAUGUUUAAGAAAUGUAUAGAAGUACUAUAGGCAUCAUGCCAGAUGUAUAUAAGAGGUAGAGUGAGGCCAUGGGAAGGCCUGAUUGAUUCUAUCUGGGAAAGUAAGCAACAUCCUAAGAAGUGAACCAAAGUCUGAAAGAGCCUGAUAUACUCCUGUAAUUGCAAACAAAACUCCAUAGAUGACGUGUUGGGUUCAGACCGUUGUAAAGGUGGGCAAAGCUUAGGAGGUAGUUGUGCACACAUGAUGUCCUUCUGGUGCAUUUAUACAUUUUAUCUACGCUUAGACAAGGGAAGGUUCACAAACAACAUACAAAGCAGCUCUGGAGGUGAUAGAAUGCAUGUAAGCCACUGAGGGGAACUGAAAACUGAGAUGUCAACAAAAAACUGAAAAAUAUCUACACACAGCCUCAUAAUAGAGUAAAACUCUGGCUUUUAAACUUACAGGAAGUGUUAGAGCAAUAAUAGUCAGUCAUUUGAGUUUUGCUUGUGCCAUUUUCUUAAGUUCUUUUUGUUCUUUCUGCUUAACUGUCAUCAAUAUAAUUAUCAUUGUGUUGUUUGGGUCAAGUGAAUUCACCGACUUUGGCUCUAAAUAACCAAGUUUUGUUAAGAUCUCAAUUUGAUAAGUGAAGUUUAUUUGGGAGGAGAGAAAUUAAUUAUGAUCUGUUAGGUGUAACAUUUUUCACAAUCCUCAAAACUCAGCACACAAAAACAUCUGUGUUCAUUUCAUGUGGGCCUAUUCCAUGUGGACUCUUCAUGAUGUCUUCCAUGUGAAUCAGGAAGAUCCAGUUUCAGACUCUGACAAGCUGUCAUAUUCAUUUAUUCAAAGUUCUGAGUAUCUGUUGUCGCUUCUCAUACAUAGAGAAUACCAAGAUGAAGAAACUUAAGUUGCUAACAGUAAAGCACUUAAUUUUUUGAAUGAAUGAACUUGUGUUUCCAGAUUGAUGUUAUAUAUAAGGAUAUUCAAAGUCAGCAUUUCAGUCUCAAGUUUAAACAGUUCUGCAUGUAGAGCUCACACCUAUGGGUGGGUAAGUCACAAGUGGAGUGAAAAAAUGAAAAUAAGAAUGGGUGGAAGGAAAUGAAUUUCCCAGUAACUAUAAUUGUGAUUCCCUCACUUCUAAGCCCUUUGAAAGGAAAAUACCUUUUUUAUACUUCCAGUUCUGUCUCCAUUUGACCAAUGCUUAAGUUUUUUAUAUGAGUUAACUUGUUUAAUACACAAGCAUACAAAAUCAUAUCAUCUCCACAUUUCCAUCAUUAAAAUUAGGCUCAUAUAUGACACAAGUUGCUCCUUAAUGUUUUUUAUUACCAGCAUCUUCCCCAGUUGCUUUGCCUAGGUGUAUGUGGUAAAUGUUUAUUGCAUGUACAUCUUGUGACGUAUAGUGAAGAGUUACUGCAAAUAUGAAUGGAUUAAUACCAAGUGUUGCAAACUGGGUGAUUUAGCGCUCAACCAUCCCCUAUAUGAUUAGACUAUUAGACUAAGUUAUGAA